AGCGUACACAUGACUCCAAUUUCCGAUGCUGCGAUAUACGCGACUGUGCAAUUUCACGCCAGCAGGUUAUACAAAAUAAUCAGAUCUAUUUGAUUUAUUCGCUAUGUCGAAUUAUAACGAAAUAGGCUGCAGUCAUUCUGGCGCAAGUGCAUUAAUGUGUAAUGUUAAGCCGAGGCAUGUAAGAUCUUUAAAUUUUGGACAAUCUAUCCUCGAACUCAAGCCCAUUGAUCAGUGCUGCGUAUCGAAUAGCGUCGUCAUUGAUGACAAUGUGGUUCAUAUACCAUAUACCGAGAAGAAAGAUUACGUACGUAAGUGGCUCGAGACUCUCGAGAAUAGCAGAUGCGAUUCCCAAGCGUCCACCGUUUUAGAAACAUCGACGACUACGACCUUCCAGACAUCACCGAUACUCGGUAAUGGCAGGAAACGACUUAGCAAAAAGAUCUGUGUAAACAGAAAUGCUUCAGAGAGAAAGCAGGGCAAUAUGGAUUAUCAGGGAAGUGCAGGGCACUCUGCAAAUUAUACAAUGCAGUCUAAUAAGCCAAAUCAUGGAUGUAAAAAGAAGAGUAAGGAGAAUAAAUCUAUGAAUAAGACACAGCUCAUACCAUCUGGUAUGAAAAAAAUAGCUGUUCACGAGACGUCUCCUGUCCUAGGUACGCAUCGUACUUUGAAGAAAAAAAGAAGAAAGAAACUAUAUUAUAAAGCAGAGAAUAGUGCUUCACCAGAAUCUUCAAAGUUACAUGAUCAUAAAAUUUCAAGUUUAAAUGUAAAGUCAAUAAUGGAAUCUGAUACUGUAAUAAGUUACUGUAAUAAUCUCAGAGAGAUACCUGUUGACCAGAAUAAGUUAGAAAAUAAUUUGGAUACUAAAACUAAAACUAAAACAUUUAUUUGGACUGAAGAAAGGGAAAGUCCAGAGAAAUAUCAGAGAUAUAUAGAAACAUUGUCACCGUCGACACAAGAGAGAUUGAGUUUUGCUGAUAGCUCAAGUAAUAAGACUAAUAAAAAUGAUUCAAAAAUAGAAAUAGGUACAAACAGUGAUAGCGAAGGUGAAGAAUACAAUAAACUAACAAACACAUCUAGCAGUAACAAUGAUCUGAGCCAUUUCAUAGAGGACGUCGAGACGCAAGAAACUGCAAAAACAUCUCAGUUUUCAAUAGUAGAUAAAUAUUCGAUUCCUUCAAGACAAUCAUUUGACUUGGAUGAAACUUAUUCGAAAACAGAAACGAUGCUGAAUCAAAGUAUACCUCUCUCCACUAAAAUCUCUGAGAUACAAUCUUUAAAUAAAACUACACAGAAGACAGGCAAAUCGACCCAAACUGCCAUUAUUAGCACGAUAACAACGCCAUCGAGAAAGUCUCCCGACAGGAAUAUGUUCACACAUCUUCUUGACUCUGGAAAGAAACGUCGGAAACCUAAAAAAGGAAGCAUGGCUGCGAGACUGCAUUCUUUGAUUAAUGCGCAAGUGUCCAGUAUUCGUAUAUGGCAUUAUCGAUUGAAUAAAGAACAGGAUAUUACAUCAGCACAGUACAUCAGUGUACUUGUACACGAAUGUACAAAGCAAUUCAAAAACCAAUUUCUGGAAGGUAUCCUAAUCGAGGAUCGCUUUAACCUUCUGCAAAGCGACAUACAGAUCGAACAGGCAGAAGCACAUAAUACUCAGGUUCAAUUAAAGGAAGUCUUAUACAAGAAUAUAACAAUUAUGUUGGUCUGUGAUAUAGUUGGUACAUUGAAAAUGAUAUCUAAAGUUGUGAUAAACGUUUAUCCACCUUGGAAUAUUUUAGAUAAAGAUGAUCUUAUCUUGGAAGCAAUGUAUAUAAAUAUAAAUAAUAAUUGUGAAAUACCUAAUAUUGAAAACGCGGGGAAAUCGCAUAAAUGUAUAAAACAAAUUCUCAAAGAAUUUAACUGUCCUUGUAUAGAAGAACAGAGAGCAUUGCCGUUCUGUGCAAGAAAGUCUAGCAGUGAUAAACCCGAUGUGAUGCAACAGAUAUUUUUUAGAAUAAUGUCGAUUACUCAAGAUCGUCCCGAGUUAUAUGAAGAAGUUAAGCUGUAUAAAAACGCCCGGGAAAGAGAGAAACACGACAAUCAGGCGGAUCUGUACGCCGUAGUAAAUACAUUGCAACAUUUAGAAAAGGCUUAUAUCAGAGACUGCGUUACGCCAAAGGAAUACACAGCAGCAUGCAGCAAACUAUUAGUGCAAUACAGAGCAGCUUUUAAGCAGGUACAGAGUGAUCAGUUUCCAACAAUUGACUCCUUUACUAGAGCAUUCCGUUUAGAUUGUCCUGCUGCUCUUGAAAGAAUCAAGGAGGACAGGCCGAUCACGAUUAAAGAUGACAAAGGCAACACUUCUAAAUGCAUUGCCGACAUUGUUUCGUUGUUUAUUACACUCAUGGAUAAAUUACGACUGGAAAUCAAAGCCAUGGAUCAACUGCAUCCGGAUCUGAGAGAUCUUAUGGACACCAUGAAUCGUCUCAGUAUACUACCCAGUGACUUUGAUGGCAAAGAGAAAGUCUCAGAGUGGUUACAAACUCUCGACAAUAUGUCUGCCUCAGACGAAUUAUCGGAUACUCAAGUCAGACAAUUAAUAUUUGAUUUAGAGACAUCCUACAAUGCUUUUAAUAAAAUACUUCAUAAUUCUUAAUUCUUCUUUUCUGUUAAAUUGAAUUAAUCUAAUAUUAUCUAUAAUAUGCAAGCCUUGAUGUAAAUAUCAGUUAUAAAGCUGUUUAAAUGAAAUUAUGAUUAAUAGAUAAAAUAUAAAAUAAUUAUUUGUACAAAUUAUUACUAUUAAUUAAUUUUAUCGUAAAAUGUGGAUUGAAGAAUGCUCGAGGUUUUUUCCUAUUAUAAAUAGUAUUAGUUGAUUCAGUUGUAAUAUUUGUAGUAUUUGCAAUUACAUUUUCUUUUAAGCAAUAAUUUACUGUUUUAUGUCAUUUUGCAUUGUUCCUUGAGUCAUGUGUAAGAUUCAUAGUAUUUAAGAUUCUUGCAUAUAUUUUACUGCUAAGGCCUGGUUCUACUAAUGUAAGAUUAACUUUAAUCAGUUUAAUUUAGUUUCACUUAUUCUUAAAAUUAAAAAAGGUAAAAGUAAAUUGAACUGAGGUUGAAGUUAAUCUUACAAUGGUGAAACCGAGUCGAAUGAAACUAUAGGCUUGUUCUUUUUAGCUGAAUUGUUCUUUUUUUCUUUUUUCUCUAACGAAAGAAAAAUAAGAAAGUUGAACUGUGCAAGAACUUCAGUUAAAAAGGACAAGCCUUUUAUUGAAUAUACAUAUAUGUAUACAUACGAAUAUAAUAUUAUAUAUACAUAAAAUUGCGCAGAAUAAAUUAUUUUAUAUGUAAUUCUUUGUAAACGCCAACCAGAUGAAUUGCUAAGCGACGCUUGUAUAUUAUCGUGUUAUGUAAUAUAUUAUCAAUUAAGCGAAUAAAAAGGCAUUUUAAUAG